AUGUCUGGGUGCAAUAACUCCUAUCUAGUGCCGUUCCCCGAACGGCCUCCCUCCUCCAAAGAUUUCGUUCUACGUGACCAUCAAUUAGCGGAGCUUCUUCAGUCAAUUGAUCCUCCCGACCAUCCUUUCUUGGACCACCCUUUCAGCAACUCUGAAGAUUCAUUAAGGAGAAUCGCUCUCCGCUCUAGUCAUCAGAGACCGAACCCCAAAGUUCCUAUCCCUCGAACAUCUACUAAAGUGAGCUGGACAAAAGGUGCCCGAGUCAGUCAAGCAUGCAAAAGUUGCCGUGCGCCGAAGAUCAAAUGCAGCGGUCAUCGGCCAGCCUGUCAUAGAUGUGUGGAGAUUGGUAUCGCCUGCCACUACGAUGACCGAAAGCGAGAGAAGAUCGACAAGCAGCUCAGCAAUCUGAACGUACAGCUUGGCAUGUUAGAAGAUCUGUUGCGUGACCUCUAUCCAAGACUCGACAUCCAAUCUGCCCAGCAUGUUGACCGAACCCUGGGUAAAAUUUCGAGCCAUGAUCGGGCCCCGCUAAUUGUCCCUGGUCUACCAAAAACCUACAAUGCACCAGAAGAUCCAUCUGUCACCGUUGACUACACAGAAGAAGAUUUCAAUAGCCUUGGAGAAAUGCAGGCGCUGGGAUUUGUGGGUGAACACUCAGAGAUGGUAUGGUUGUGCAGGCUCAAAUACGCACUCGAACAAAGCUCUGCCACGCCAUCCACAUCCCAGGAGAAUGUUGUUCGACCAUCCGUCACGUCUAUAAACUAUUACAACAAUGACUGGGAUAUGGGGAUACGAGAUGAAGUGGAUUUGUUAGAACGGCCUUCGCAGGGCAUGGCCGACCACCUCGUCGGCACGUAUUUCCAAAUCAUUCAUCCUUCAUUCCCGAUCAUUGGGAAAAUGACGGGUGGAAAUAUUUCGAAGGAUAGCCUGACCGAAAGUGUACCGUUAGGUUAUCCAGCGUCAAGCAAACGAUCACUCAAACGAAAGACUGCACUCGUUGUAGCGGAACCGCUACAACCAAACAACUCGUUGUGCUUUCUUUACGCUGCGAGUCUCACUAUCUUAACGCGCAAGGCAAUUGAUAUCCUUUACGCACCAGGUGCGGCCCAUAAGCCAUGGAUCGAGACAGAGGUUGCGAUUUCCUCAUUGAACGACCAAACGGAUAAUUGGCUUAGUUCGCUCCCGGCUCUUUACGAUUUCAAAGCCAUAAGCAAAGCUAGGCCGCUGAAUCGUCAAUGUGCCAGCCUCGCUUUCCACUUCUAUUCGACAAAGCUUUUUAUCACGCAACCCUGUCUUCGCCGGCUCAUUUACAGAUCACCAGAAAUGUCGAACGUUCCUAUCGAUGCCUCUGGUUCCAUGACGGCCAUUUGCAUUCAGGCCGCAGGUCAACUACUCGAAUUACUACCUGAUAAGCCGGACUUGACUUGGCUGUAUGGUGUUUGUCCAUGGUGGUGUGCUCUCCACUAUUUCAUGCAGUCUAUUACCAUGAUUUUGACUGAGUCUUUUAUUCGUACGAGAUUAGGGACAAUUCGCACAAUCAGCACCAUGCCGAAGUUGCGAAAGGCUAUAGCUUGGCUGAAGGAGAUGUCUGAAAGAGAUGUUUCUGCACAGAAAGCUUGGCUUGUUUGCUUGGAUUUCAUCUCACGUCAUGGGUCGAAACUUGGUUUAGGUGUCGAUGACAGUCUCUAA